GCUUUAGCAUCUUCAAAAAAUUUUGAAAAUUUCCGAAUUUAUGAAAGAUAAUAAAUAAUAACAAACAACGAAGUGUGAAUGAAUCCUGAAUCUGUUUUCGUGAUAUCUGAUGAGUCGGAUCCUGAAGAUUCAUCAAGUAUCCGUCGAAAAGCUGAUGAACAAGAUCCUUUAGAAGGAAGAAGAAUAUUAAGGAAGAAAAAGCCAAAAGUCGAGAAUGAAGUUAAAAAGGACCAAGGAGUUGUCACGUCAGAAAAGAAGGAAGAAGAAAUUCCAGAAGUAAAGAAAUCUGAUAUUGAGCCGCCUGAUGAUCCUCGAUAUGACAUCCUUACAACUUUGGAAGGUGCCAGUUUUCAGUCUCGAUUACCAUUCGACAAAAUGACAACAUUUGAAGUUGUAGCAUUUCCCGAAUUUAACACAAAAAACAUCACAAUAGUCGAUCGACGAAUGUAUCUUAAUAUACGUAACAGAAUAUUAAAGAUGUGGUUGGAAAAUGUAAAACAUCAACUGACAUACGAAUUUGUUUUGAAAAACAUUGAAAAGCCUUUCGAUAUGAGACCGAAGCUGAUUGAGAGGAUUUUCCUGUUUCUCGACCGUUAUGGUUACAUCAACUAUGGAAUUUUCCAGAAAGUUCAAGAGAUUAAAGAAAAGCGACGUGAAAAGAUCAUCAUCAUAGGAGCAGGAAUCAGUGGGCUUAUGGCUGCUCAAAAACUUCAAAGUUUUGGCUUCGAAGUUCUGAUUUUAGAAUCUCGAGAUCGUGUUGGUGGACGUAUUGCAACAUUCCGAAAGUUUAAUUACAUUUCUGAUAUUGGAGCAAUGGUUGUAACAGGCAUUUAUGGUAAUCCCAUAACCAUUCUCGCUAAGCAAUUAGAUCUCGAACUCAAGAAAAUUAAAUCACAAUGUCCACUGUUCGGACCAAAUGGAAAAUUGAUCUCAAAAAACAAAGACGAAAUUAUUGAAAGAGAGUUCAAUAAAAUCUUAGAAUGCACAAGUUAUCUUUCUCACGUUUUGGACAUUAAUUAUGCUGAUAACGAGCCGAUCUCUUUAGGACAGGCACUUGAAUGGAUCAUCAAACUUCAGGAAAAGAAAAUCAAAUUAAAGAAAAUUAAUUAUUUGAGAAGCAUCAAGGAAAUCCAACAAGAAGUUAUUUCAAAUGAACAAGCCAUAGCUGAUUGCAACAAAGACAUUCAAAACUUACGAGAUUCGCUAAGUCAGGUGAUGGAAUUUCAACGAAGCUCAAAUGAUGACGCAAUGCGACUUAAUUAUGAAUUUGAAAAACGAGAAAUUGUUCGAGAUUUGACAAAAAAGCGAAAGGAAAAAAGUGAAAAGAAGAAGAGAAAUCUUGAAUUGGAGACAAAAUUAAGAGAAUUGGAGAAUGGAUCACCGCCGAGUGACGUCUAUCUAAGUUCAGAAGAUCGUCAAAUACUCGACUGGCACUUUGCAAAUCUUGAAUUUGCCAAUGCAACGCCACUUCAGGAACUGUCAUUGAAGCAUUGGGAUCAAGAUGAUGACUUUGAAUUUAUUGGACAUCACACGACAGUUCUAAAUGGUUACUCUUGUGUACCAAUCGCACUUAGUCGUGACUUGGAUAUUCGUCUCAACACGGCCGUCACAAAGAUAAAGUAUUAUGAUGGCGGUGUUGAAGUAACAGCAGCAAACAUGAAAACAAACUCACAAAUCAUUCAUAAAGCUGACAUUGUUCUGUCAACAUUGACUUUGGGAAUAUUGAAAAUCGCCAUCGAAGAAACAUCACGUCAAGCAAAUACUGUUCGCUUUGAUCCUCCACUGCCACAAUGGAAGAGAACGUCGAUUGAAAGACUUGGAUUUGGAAAUCUUAAUAAAAUUAUUCUGUGCUUCGACAAAGUGUUCUGGGAACCGGACAUCAAUUUAUUUGGCCAUGUUGGAAGCACAACAGCUAGUCGUGGAGAACUUUUUCUGUUCUGGAAUAUUUAUCAGUUGCCAGUGUUGUUGGCAUUAGUUGCUGGUCAAUCUGCACAUAUCAUGGAGAAUGUUUCCGAUGAUGUCAUUGUUGGACGAUGUAUCGCUGUGUUGAAGGGAAUCUUUGGCGAUAAAACAGUUCCACAGCCAAAAGAAACAGUCGUGACACGUUGGCGAGCUGAUCCUUGGGCUAGAGGCUCAUACAGCUACGUCAAAGUUGGUUCAUCUGGAACUGAUUACGAUUUGCUUGCAUCUCCAGUCAAACCAAAGACAGCAAAAAAUGAAGCAAAGUUUGAUGAACUUGUCACUGAUUGUGACGAAGAUGAUGACAAAACUUUGCCACGUUUGUUUUUCGCUGGCGAACAUACAAUUCGAAAUUAUCCAGCGACUGUUCAUGGUGCAUUGUUGAGUGGAUUACGUGAAGCUGGUCGUAUUGCUGAUUUUUAUAUUGGAAAAAUUCCACAAGGACAUGGCGUUGAACAGACCGACAUGGACAUGAAGAAAGAUGAAGGAGAUGAAGACGACAUAAUUUUCCUUGAUGAUGCAGGUACAAGUAAAUAAUUAAUUAAAGAAAGUGUGAUGACUUUAAUGCCGAAAGAAUAAAUUUAUGACUUGAAGA